UGCAUUCUCUGGACCUCGCUUCAGGAAAAAACAAGAUAGACAAUUCAACAUGACGCCGGUAAUGCUCACCGAGCAGGAGCUCGAUGAGGUUUACACCUUUGCUGUCCAGCUUGGCAAAGAUGCAGGCAAAAUGCUUCUCGAGGCUGCCCAACUGAGAUUUACUGGCACUCAAACAGCCGAUUUGGAGGUUGAAGAGAAGGAUAGUUCGGUAGAUAUCGUAACCGAGACAGACGAAGAUGUUGAAGCCUUCAUCAAAUCCUCCAUUGAGGCGAAAUACCCCCACCACAAGUUUAUCGGCGAAGAGACAUACUCCAAAGGCGCGUCCCGCUCCUACCUGGUCUCCGAAACCACACCCAGCUGGUGUGUCGACCCACUAGAUGGGACGGUCAACUAUACGCACCUCUUCCCCAUGUUUUGCGUCUCUAUCGGCUUCAUCGUCGCCGGUAGGCCCACCAUUGGCGUAGUCUAUGCGCCAUUCCUUAACCAGCUUUUUACCUCUUGCCGGGGCAGAGGUGCUUGGCUUAACGAAACCCAGCGGCUUCCCCUGAUUAGGAACCCAAUACCACCCAUGCCAGCGGACGCUCCAAGUGGCUGUGUUUUCUCGUGCGAAUGGGGCAAAGACAGAAAAGACAGACCCGACGGCAACCUCUACAGAAAGGUGGAAAGUUUUGUGAACAUGGCAGCGGAAGUGGGAGGAAGAGGAGGAAAGGGUGGCAUGGUGCACGGUAUCAGGAGUCUAGGGAGCGCAACCAUGGACCUCGCCUACACGGCCAUGGGGGCGUUCGAUAUCUGGUGGGAGGGCGGAUGCUGGGAGUGGGAUGUGGCGGCCGGUGUUGCUAUCCUCCAGGAAGCUGGUGGGUUAGUCACGAGCGCCAACCCACCCAAGGAUAUAGAGACGGCAGAAAUACAGGAAGUGAAGCUGGGAAGCAGACUGUAUCUUGCUAUACGGCCAGCAGGGCCAAGCAAGACCGAGACGGGGAGGGAGGGGCAGGAACGGACUGUUCGAGAAGUAUGGCGACGUGUGAAAGCAUUGGAGUAUGCAAGGCCGGGAGCCUGAACCUGGCAGUAGAUAUCAUAAACACGAAACUAUAAUUAUUGCCACAAAUAUAGAUGGGCUGAGUGGUAUUUAUCUCUGAUGCUGAGGUGUACCAACAACCUCGACCAGGUUUGGUCCCAGACCUGGUUCUUAUCCUACGUGGAAGUCGAACAUGUGGAGGGAGUGAAGAAACUACGCUAUGAAGCCCACGCCCACCUUUUUCAUCUCGGUUUCAUUGGAAGCAUUUGGUGCCAGAGCACCACGGAUUGCAACCCAGGCCGCCCUUCGGCUUACCGACCAUUGGCGGACCACUCAAAUCCAAGUUCGAGAC